UGUUUCUUCCUGCCCCAGAUAAAUGACUCAGACGACAACAAAGGGUUAGCUCAAAGAAAUAUGUGGCAGAGUGUUCACGCUGGCAGGAAAUAUGCACUUCCUCUCCUUUGGGAGCUGUGCUGACAGAGCGGUGGGAGAAGUUUUGGUGGGCCUUCACGACUUGAAGAUGUUUGGCAGCGGCUCCAAGAAGUGGUUUGUGAAGAAGCAGAAGAAGCAGCAGCAGCAGAAAUCUGGCAAGAGGCCAUGCACCAGGAAGAGGAAGAGAUGGGCGGCAAAGAUCCUCAAGGAGCACAGAGAGCAGAUCCUCAGUGAGCUGGAUGUCAACGCCGUGCUGCCCUACUUGGUGUACGACAAGGUCUUCUCACUGGUGGAGUACAAGGAGAUCCUGGGACAGGAGUCCAGCAGGGGACGGGCGGAGGUGUUCCUAAAUCACCUGUCCUCUAAAGGGCCUGCUGCUUUCUGCUCGUUCUGCUCCGUUUUGGAGGAGGUGUGUCCCCGCCUGCUGACCUGCUUCCUGUUGGAUGGAGAAGAUGGAGUCCCAGGACAGAGCAAGAAAGUGGGGUUCUCUGUACCCCCAAACAGUCCGGCAGAGCAGCCUCUGUGUCCACCCCCAAUGUACACGAACCCUAUGUUCAACACAAGGCAUCACCCCAGCCCGACUGCCGGCUCCGUUACAGCAGCCUCCUCCGCGAGCACCGUUCAGGGUAAGCCAUCACUCCGCCGCAUCAAGGGCCGCAUCCACCGGAGCAAGAGCCUGGACAGCAUCGACCUCCUUGACUCCAACAGUGCAGCGAUGGAGGAGACAGUCAUUUGGGAACAGCACACAGUUACACUACACAGGGCACCAGGGUUUGGCUUUGGGAUAGCCAUAUCAGGAGGUCGGGAUAACCCUCAUUUUCAGAGUGGCGAGACCUCCAUCGUCAUCUCAGAUGUGCUGAAAGGCGGCCCGGCAGAAGGCCUGCUGCAGGAAAAUGACAGAGUGGUUAUGGUCAAUGCCGUCUCCAUGGACAAUGUGGAACAUGCGUACGCUGUCCAGCAGCUUCGCAAAAGUGGGAAAAUUGCCAAAAUUACAAUCAGACGAAAAAGAAAGGUGCACGUUCCCAUGGGCCGGCUGGGGGAGAGGGAAACCAUGUCCGAACACGACGAAGAGGAGGACAGCUACGACGAAGAGAUAUACGAGACGCGGAGCGGGCGCAGCGGUGCUUACAGCGGCGUGGGCGGGGCCAUGGGCAGGCGCAGCGGUCGGAGCAGCGGGCGGCGGGACCGGGACCGCGAGCGCAGCGGCUCACGAGAGAGGAGCCUGUCGCCGCGUUCGGACCGCCGCUCGCACAACCUUCCCCCUCGCCCCGCCAAGGUCACACUCGUCAAAUCCCGCAAAAAUGAAGCAGAAUAUGGCCUGCGCCUGGCCAGCCACAUCUUUGUCAAGGACAUCUCCCCCGAGAGCCUGGCGGCCAGGGAUGGCAACAUCCAGGAGGGGGACGUUGUACUGAAGAUUAACGGCACAGUGACAGAGAACCUCUCCUUGAUAGACGCUAAGAAACUGAUUGAAAGGUCAAAGGGCAAACUAAAAAUGGUUGUUCAGAGAGACGAGAGGGCGACCCUUCUCAACAUCCCCGACCUGGAUGACAGCAUUCCUUCAGCUAACGCCUCCGACAGAGAUGACAUUUCAGAUAUCCAUUCUCUGGCAUCCGACCAUUCCAAUCGAUCGCAUGACAGACAUCGCAGCAGCCGCUCCCGCUCACCGGACCGGCGGUCCGAACCCUCAGACCACUCCAGACAUUCGCCUCAACAAAUCAGCAAUGGCAGUCACAGAAGUCGCGAUGAUGAACGGAUGUCGAAGUCUGCCUCAACGCCAGCGAAGCUAGUGGAGGACAUUCCUCUUCCUAAACCGAAGGAUUCGUCCACCGCAAGAGAGGAGAAGCAGCUCCCUCCCCUCCCAGAGCCAAAGCCUGUGUAUGCUCAGCCUGGACAGCCAGAUGUAGACCUGCCUGUCAGUCCCUCUGACGCUCCUGUGCCAAGCGCUGCCCAUGAUGACAGCAUUCUACGGCCGAGCAUGAAGCUGGUGAAGUUCAAGAAGGGGGAGAGCGUGGGUCUGCGUCUGGCUGGGGGGAACGACGUGGGCAUCUUCGUGGCCGGAGUGCUGGAGGACAGCCCCGCUGCUAAGGAAGGCCUGGAGGAGGGCGACCAAAUUCUCAGGGUAAAUAAUGUUGAUUUUGCAAACAUAAUCCGAGAGGAGGCGGUGCUAUUCCUUCUGGAUCUUCCUAAGGGAGAAGAGGUCACAAUCCUGGCUCAGAAGAAAAAAGACGUUUAUCGGCGGAUUGUGGAGUCGGAUGUCGGGGAUUCUUUCUACAUUCGGACGCAUUUUGAGUACGAGAAGGAAUCUCCGUAUGGGUUAAGCUUUAACAAGGGCGAGGUUUUCCGAGUGGUGGACACGCUCUACAACGGAAAGCUGGGCUCUUGGUUAGCUAUUCGCAUUGGCAAGAACCAUCAGGAGGUGGAGAGGGGCAUCAUCCCCAAUAAGAACAGAGCGGAGCAGCUCUCCAGCGUUCAGUACACGCUUCCCAAAACAGCCGGAGGCGACCGGGCCGAUUUCUGGAGGUUCAGAGGUCUCCGCAGCUCAAAGAGGAACCUGAGGAAAAGCAGGGAGGACCUUUCCUCCCAGCCGGUCCAAACAAAGUUCCCUGCUUACGAGAGAGUCGUACUGAGAGAAGCUGGUUUCCUCAGACCGGUGGUGAUUUUUGGACCUAUUGCUGACGUGGCUCGAGAAAAGCUGUCCAGAGAGGAGCCGGAUCUCUUUGAACUUGCAAAGAGCGAACCCAGAGAUGCAGGAACAGACCAACGCAGUUCGGGAAUCAUUCGUCUUCACACCAUUAAGCAGAUCAUAGACAGAGACAAACAUGCUGUGCUGGACAUCACCCCAAAUGCUGUGGACAGGCUAAAUUACGCCCAGUGGUACCCAAUCGUAGUCUUCCUGAAUCCCGAUAACAAACAGGGUGUGAAGAACAUGAGGACGAGACUUUGUCCAGAGUCCAGGAAGAGCGCCAGGAAGCUUUAUGAGCGAGCCAUUAAACUGAGGAAGAAUAAUCACCACCUGUUCACCACAACCAUCAACUUGAACAACAUGAAUGACGGCUGGUAUGGCGCGCUGAAGGAAACCAUCCAGCAGCAGCAGAAUCAGCUGGUGUGGGUGUCGGAGGGCAAGGCGGACGGCACCACAGAGGACGACUUGGAUAUCCACGACGACCGUCUGUCCUACCUGUCGGCGCCAGGUAGCGAAUACUCCAUGUACAGCACAGACAGCCGCCACACUUCUGACUACGAGGACACGGAUACGGAGGGCGGAGCGUACACCGACCAGGAGCUAGACGAGACCUUAAACGAUGAAGUGGGCCUGCCCACCGAGCCUGCCAUCACCCGCUCCUCGGAGCCCGUCAGGGAGGACCCGCCUGUGAUACAGGACACCCCCGGCUACCCUGGAUACCAGCACCCGGUGCAGCCUGACCCCGCCAGCAGAAUAGACCCCGCUGGAUUCAAAAUGGCCGCUCCGCAGCAGCAAGGUGAGGCUGCUCUGCCCCCGCCGCCUCCGCCGGUGGCAGCCUCCCCAGCUGCUGAGCAGCCUGUACAACUAGAGGAGCCGCCUGCUGCAGCCGCGGCUCCUCAGGCGGACUCUCUUAGCAGUCCCAGCCCUGCCCCUGAGCUAAUUCAGCCCCCACCACCACCACCUCCACCACCACAUGAACCCCCUGGUCCAGAACCAAAGAUGUACAAGAAAGAUCUAUACAACAUGGAGGACCCGGUGCGGAUCAACCACGGUCUGAAGCAGUCUCUGAGCUACAGUCACCAGCCGUCGUUUCAGGACAAACAGCCAUACCGCGAAUACGACCACCCGCCUUAUGGAUACGACGGAGGCGGCUACGCAGAACCAAAGCCUCACAACUCUGACUCUCACCUGCACUACGACAACCGUGUGCCUCAUUACAGCGAACAGUGGCCCCCAUACGACCAGCAGACCUCGUCCUCACAGCCCGCCGGGUACCAGCCGGGCCACCAGCAACCAAUGGGCUACAGUCCUCGCUCCCCCUACGAGGACGGGCCGGGGAGGGAGUACAGCCCGCCUCAGCCACGCUACGACGAGGCCCCGGCGGUGGGCUACGACAGCAGAGCGCGGCACAGUAAACCCGCGCCCAUUCGGUACGACGAGCCCCCUCCCCCACCUCCUGCUAGCUACGAAGCCCGAUCUCCGUAUGAGGCAGAAACCCGCAGCUUCCCAAUCAACUCCCCUCGCUCGCCAGAGCCUCCAAAGCACUACUACGGUGACUCUGGCCUGAGGCCCGCCUACAUGUCUGGGCUUCCAAACCGAGGUUACAAGCCGGGGAUACACGAGCCGAUCAUGAACUCCGAGCCCGCCGCCCUCCCCCCUCCAAAACCAGACGCCCUGCCUUCACCAGGAGAGCCAGCAGUCACUCCGACCUCCAAACCGCUUCCUCCUCCCCCACGGGAAGACCUGGAUGAAGAUCCGGCCAUGAAACCGCAAUCAGUGCUCAACAGAGUCAAGAUGUUUGAAAAUAAACGCUCAGUUUCUAUGGACAGAGCUAAAGAGGGAGAGUCUUCAGUGCUCAGGCCUGCAGAUGUUCCCAAACCUGUGAACGCUCCCGCCCCGGUCCUGAAAGCCAACUCCCUGAGCAACCUGGAGCAGGAGAAGUCCACCUACAGGGCUCCGGAGCCACAAAAGCCUCAUUCGAAGCCUCUGGAUGAUGUGGUGCGCUCCAACCACUACGACCUAGAUGACGACGAGGAGUACUACAGGAAGCAGCUGUCCUACUUCGACCGGCGCAGCUUCGACAGCAAGGCAAUGGGCCAACCCAGUCCGGGUAUCAACCGGUUUCACGACCUGUCCAAACCCGCCCAGCUGUCCUACCCUUACAACAGAGUUGAGUCUGUGGAGAAGGUGAGCCCAGUGGAGAAACGAUACGAACCUUUGGCCCAGAUCAGUCCCUCCGCUCAGUACGGACCCCCAGCUCCAGCCAUCCCACCCAACACCUUGUCCAAACUCAGCCCUGCUGACGCCAACUCCAUCCCUGAGCCACUGAGCUCCCCGAAUCCUAAACCCGACCUGGCAGCUCUCAGGCCGACUAGCAGGGAUGAAUCCACGCCAGGCGGCUACCUGCCACCCAGAGGCCUCCCCGACAAAGUCCCCGUCAACGGCACCGACGCGCCGCUGCCAAAAACCCUGGGCGCUCCGCCUUCGACCAGCUACAACCGCUACGUCCCCAAGCCUUACACCAGCGCGGCCCGGCCCUUCGAGCGCAAGUUCGACAGCCCAAAGUUCAACCACAACCUGCUGCCAAACGACACGCAGGUGAAAACGGACCUCCUCAGCAUGCCGGGGGUGGUGAGCAACGCCUCAGUGAAACCUCAGCUGUCGCCGCAGCCCCUCGACCACGACAGCGGCCUGGACACCUUCACGCGCACCAUGGACAACAGGCCCAAAUACCAGCACAAUAACAUCAACGCCAUUCCCAAGGCCGUCCCUGUAAGCCCCAGCGCCUUGGACGACGAUGAUGAGGACGAAGGGCACACAGUGGUCGCCACCGCCCGAGGCAUCUUCAACAGCAACGGAGGGGUCCUGAGCUCCAUCGAGACGGGCGUCAGCAUCAUCAUCCCUCAAGGCGCCAUUCCCGAGAGCGUGGAGCAGGAGAUUUACUUCAAGGUGUGCCGGGACAACAGCAUCCUGCCGCCCCUCGACAAGGAGAAAGGAGAAACGCUGCUAAGUCCGCUGGUGAUGUGUGGCCCUCACGGACUCAAGUUCCUGAAGCCGGUGGAGCUGCGCUUACCUCACUGUGCGUCUAUGACCCCUGAUGGUUGGUCUUUUGCUCUAAAAUCCUCCGACUCCUCGUCGGGUGAUCCUAAAACCUGGCAGAACAAAUCUCUCCCUGGAGAUCCGAACUACCUGGUGGGUGCAAACUGCGUGUCUGUGCUCAUUGACCACUUCUGAAGACGGCGACAGCUGGCCUGUUAACGAAUGUGCUGAACGGUCGGGUAUGAACUCCUUCCUCUCACGUUGUUUACUGUGCCCCAUAACUUUAAAUAGCAGAGAAACGCUCACACAAAGCGAG